AAACAAAUAGACAGUCAGUGAUAUGUGAGGGAAUAGAGGAGCUGAUGCCUGUGUAUUGGGGUAUCCUCCAGGACAGCAGCAGGUGACACUCAGCAUCCAAGAUGAGGGGCAGAUCUAUCCUGAUCCUCAGCAGGCAGCUGGCCAGGGGGGUCCUCACCCCCAAUAAGCAUCACGUCCGACACUGCAGCCUGGCAACCUGCUCCCUGCAGCACAGGGAUUCAAACUUGCACCCAUUGUGGAAAGGACCAAUAGAUAUCCCUGGAGGUUCCCGCCAGUCUCCCAUCGACAUCCGCGUACGUGACAGCAUCUUCCACCCCCAGCUCACCCCCAUCAAGACCCAGUAUGACCCAAACACCUGCCUGCACGUCUGGAAUAACGGUUACGCGUUCAUGGUUGAGUAUGACGACUGCACUAACAAGUCAGUGGUGCAUGGAGGACCCCUGGAGAACCCCUACAGGCUUAAACAGUUCCACUUCCACUGGGGGGUGAACAACGACUGGGGAUCUGAGCACACGGUGGACAGCAAGGUGUUCCCGGCAGAGGUUCACCUUGUGCACUGGAACUGCUCCCGGUAUCGCACCUUUGAGGAAGCCAUCAUGGAGGAGAACGGUUUGGCGGUUAUUGGAGUGUUUUUAAAGGUUGGCCGGCACCACUCGAAGCUGCAGAAGUUGGUGGACAUUCUACCGUCUGUCAGAUAUAAGGAUUCUCUUACUGAAUUCAAUUAUUUUGACCCCUCCUGCUUUCUGCCAACCUGUAACGAUUACUGGACAUAUGCUGGCUCCUUGACCACGCCGCCGCUGACAGAGUCCGUGACCUGGAUUAUCAUGAAGAAACCCAUUGAAGUGGACCACAGUCAGCUGGCCGUGUUUCGCAGUCUCCUCUACAGCGCCGUAGGGGAGGAGGAAAAAAACAUGGUGGACAACUUCCGCCCUCUUCAGCCGCUAAUGAACCGCACCGUCCAUUCUACCUUUCAGCCGGCACUCAAAUUGUCUGAUUUAAAAAAGGACGAUGCCAAAUCGCAACACCAGCAGAAGGUGUAAUCGCCUUACUUGCCAGAGGCCGGGAACGUUGGUUAAGGCCUGCGUGAGAUCUGAAGCGCUCGCCAUUCUGAAAGCUGCACAGCUCUGCAAAUCUACCUGGAUUUAUACUUCCAGAUACAUGUAGUGUUACUGAGUAUGACCAUAUCAACAAUGCCAUAGAUGGGAUCACCUUUUAUAGAACACUUUUACUAUAUAUUGUUUUGCAGGGUGCUUUGGCAUUAACAUAGAUUCUUUUUGUUGAUGUGUGUUUGUUUUUUGUUUUUUUACCUUUUUCUAGAAAAAAUAAUGGUUCUAAGUGACCUUAAGACUUAAUAUCUGUCUUAAUUAUAGGCUGUGGGGGGAGGCUGGGACUGGUCACAUGACUUAGGCCUGUGAAAAAUGGUCCAUUUUGAUACUACCUAGUUGUCAGGGUCUAGUGAAUGUUAAUGGGCACUGUGCCCACCUCUCCGGGGCUCAGUGUGGACUGAGGUUUUAGCGGUUCUGUGGAUUUAAUAGGAAAAGCACAAUAUUGAUCAGGGAGAAGGACCAUAGCCAUGGUGCUGAUCUUUCAUAAAAUUUGAUGUGGCUUUUUUUUUUUUUAGGUGGGUUGGGGUUUACCUGUGCAACCCCCUUUAUUCAGAGCUAUGAGUUGCCUAAUCCACAUUGCCCUAAUUCUAGCAUGUGUUCCUUUUAUUUCUAUUAUGUCUUGGUUACUUUGUGGUUAGAGAAGUAUUUGCUGACUUUUUUUAUUAAUCAUAAAUGUGCAUUCAUUUUGUAA